AUGCGCCUCACACCCACACAGCCACCCGCCACGGGCGACUCGGCACCACCAUCGGCUCCAAAUUAUCUGCUCGCUCUACCGAGAGAACUCCGCGAUAUCAUCUAUGAGUAUGCACUCACUGAGGAUAACGGCCUGCUCUUGUUCGAGCGUCGCACACUAGGGGAACCCUACUCCUCCCGGAGGAUUUUCGAAGGACGCCGUCCGACUGACCCCGAUGUCGAAUCCAAUCGCCUGAAAUACGUCUGUCGCCAGCUAUACCACGAAACUAAGGGUCUGGGCCUGAAACUGAACGUUCUCGCUAUGCAGUCCAAGCGGCAGGUCGAAGGCUUCGUUGCGCACAUGCACGCAAACCAUGCUGUUGUCCCUGGGAAUCUGCGCCAGAUCACCGUCCGCAUAAACGAUGAUCGGGUAAAUCCGAUCCCCAGUCAUAUUCGCAUGUUUCCCGGUGUAGAACCCGGCCACGUUAUUCAUCCUGUCUUCGAUGAGGACUCCUUACAGAGAUAUGGUGAAGAACAUCUCAAAAUAUGCGCCCGAGAGUUCGAGAAAUGGCAACGCGAGGGCAUCUAG